GCAACUUUUACUUGACUGUGGAUUCCGGGGGAAUGAAAUAAGCCCCACCUCUUUGCGUCAAUCCCUCGGCUGGUGCGAACGUUAUUUUGCAACUCUUCACGUUUCUGCAAAUCAACCCUCUGUUGCACCCACUCUACCCAUAGCUUCAUCUUGCCCCCGGACCGCCAAACGAAUAAGGCUUUCAAAACCACGGCAUUCUCAUCAAGCUAGCCCUGGAUCUGUGCCUGAAUUAUCUCAUCAAGAACAUGCUAAGCCAUUAGGUAGUUCGAAUUCAAGCCUUUUAGAUAAGCCAACUUUAAUUGACUCAAAUGUCGAUGUAGACGACCGAGAUGAUGGUGAAGAGGAUAGUGAAGAUGAUAUACCAUUCCCUUCUGUCCCUGGUCAGACAAUUGCUCCAGUAAUAUCUUCCACUUUGCCCAGUCUCCUUGGUACACAUCGGGCUCUCCUUUUUUUCCAGACGCGUAGCAUGCUUCAUCUUGUAGAAAUGAUGAUCAGGUUAGUCUGCAUUUAUUAG